AUGCUCAAACAAACGACGCAACAACAAGUUGGUUCGCAUUGCUCGGUGUUUCAAGUGGAGCAACGUUUACCUCAUAGAUAUCCCUAUAAAGAGAUACCGUUCAAUGAAAGAGUUCAAAACGUCGUUUAUGAUUCAUUCGGAUAUUUGGGUUUGCAACGAAAUAUUGACAUGAUCAAAGAUAGCAAAUUUUCUAAUGAGGAACGAAUUAAAUCAUUGAAACUUAUAUUCAACUCGUGUAUUAACCCGGAUAUGAAAGCAAGAGCCAUCACUCAAUUUAAGAUUGUAGAUGCCUUACUAUAUCUUUUCGGAACAGAUUUUCAAAAUUCAAUAGCCACCAUAUCGCAUAGAAUAUUGCUCAAUGAAUGGGCAAGCAAAAUUGUUCAUUCCUUAGCUAGCAUUUCAACUUUUAAAGAGGCCUUAAAACCGCUAAUUUAUCCUUUACUCACAGUGAUCACUGGAGACAUCAUGAAGGGCUCCAGCACAAAGCUCAAGCACACCACCCACUAUAGAGACAAAGUGGCAGCAGCUCAAGCUCUUCAUCAGUUCAGUCUUUGUCAUGCAGGAUGUAAAGUUCUUCUCUCGUACGACAUGGAGCGGAAAGAUGACAACAAAAUUUUGGACGUUCUUAUUUACACUAUGAGCAAUUCCACCAGCGAGCUCUUAAUCGAAUAUUGUGUCAAAACGGUUUCAAGUAUGUGUGAGUUAAAUCCAAACGCAAGAGACAAAGCAGCAAGUUUAAAUGUUGUAAAUUCGUUGAAUACUUUGCUCGAUAUGUUUGAAAUGUAUCCAAUCUCUCUGACAGCCAAUGCGUGUCUACUAGUGUGGAACGUAUCUUUGGAUGGACAAGGAAAGCCAUAUUGUAAAGAGCUCAUACCCAAACUAGGGCGUGUGAUCGAGUACGCUCUGAAAAAUGUUGAUACCAUUGACCUUGAGAAUAUUUCAGAGAAUGAUACUUUUGCCAUUGACCUUUUAGCCUCACUACAAUAUUGUGUGGGUGCCAUGUCGUCCAUCUUGGUCUUUGAGGAGAGUAAAAUUUUGCUGACCAAGAAUGUACAUUCAGAAGACAAUAGAAGGCAAGAAAUCAACUCAGUGACCUUACUGUGUAGGAGUUUGGUUGCUCUUCGAGACCGCAGCUCAAUGCUUAAUCAAUUGGCUUUCAAACGUUAUUUGAGCUACCACGAGUUCGAGACUCAUUCUCGAAAAUACUAA